AUGGAAACAAAACAACCCCACGACAGUCCCUCCAACACAAUCCUUGAGGUCCUCAGGACCGUGAGCGAGUUCACAGCAACGGCCAGCAACUCUCCAGGAUACGCCAAGCAAGCAGCUACUGCCGCUGAUGCCGCUUCAACUCGAUUCCUGGGGUUCGAAAACACUCCCUCGAACAUUCUCUUUGGCAAAACCGUCAUUGUGGCCUUCUUUGCCCAGUUCGCCCUCUUCUACUUAGCCUGGUGGCUCAAUCCCUCAUUCACCAAGAACCGACGGGGUCUUGCCUGGGUCCUGACAUUCUGUUCUGCCUGUUGGCUCCUGUUCACCACUUCGUCCGAACUUGGCUAUCUCCGUACGCCCCUGUGGUCGUAUCUGGGCUGGGAGCAAUCAGGAUUAUUAGGUCCGGACGGAGCAGCGACAACGGGCAACAUCUUUUCGUACUGGCUGCCAUCCUUCCAUGCCUGGGCGCUUGAACUCGGCCCCAACUCUCGAAGUAGUCUUCUUCAGGACAUGACCUUUGAGAACCUUCUCCUAUCUCUUUCAAGUGUCGAAUCGGUCAAAGUUCUGCUAUUGGAACGGUUCACGAUCAAGAUCUUGGCAGGACAGUACUUGCGCUGGCUCAUGUCGCUCCCAAUUUUCUCUCUUGCACCCCUGAACCCUCCAGGAUUUAUUUCCGAGUCUGCACCUUAUUUCCUGGGGGGCGGAGGACGGCUUCUGCUCUCCCUCGAGAACUUUCCUCGCGAGUCUGUUUGGUCUUCACUCCUGUGCGGCUACUUUGUUGCAUACUGUGCGGGUGACAUGGUCAUUGGCUGGAUGCACUACCCCGAACACAUUGACCCGGCCUCAGGAUACAUCCACCAUCUCUUUUAUACCUGGUUGAUCUGGCAAUUGGGCUGCCAUGGCCAGUUCUCCAUGUUUUUGAUCUGUGGGGGUGUCCUCGAAGUAUCGACGAUAUUCCUGGCAUCAGGAUACAUGUACCCGCACCUCCGCGAAGACUUCUGGUUCCCGUCCUCAUUCUUCCUGGUCCGGAUCGUCUUCGUCAGCCUCAUGUUGCACGAAACCGCAUUCAAUUAUGAUACACCCAAGGGAGGGUGCUUCAUCUACUUUUUGGCCUUGCUGAUGCACAUCUUUUGGUUCAACAAGUAUAUCCAGGGGCUGAGACGGCGGAUUCGAAAGGCGCAAAAGGAGCGUCAAGAGAAGAAGGAGCAGGAGCAGCAAAAGAAGAAACAGGAAUGGAAAUUGGUGGAUAGCAAUUCGGAUGGCAAGGAUGAUGGUGUGAGGAAUCCCGUGGCAACCGCAACUGCAACGGCAAACGGCACGUUCCAAUUACGGGUCAAGAAGACCAAGAAUCGCUCGUGA